UUCUUGAGGGUGCAAUGACUAAAUGUUUUAUUGACAUAUUCAGUGAUGUGUGAUAUUUUUAAUGUGUGUCAAUUGUUGUGAGUGGUGUAUAUUAAUCUAAGAAUAAUGUAGAAUACAAACAAAUACUGGCGGAUAAGCUACGCGGCCAUUUUACUAGCAAUGCGGCAGCCGUGUACAUUCCGCCAUUGGAAACAAUCAGUAUCUUUCUCCAGGUGCAAGUUUUCGAAUUUCUUAAUUUUGCUUAAAUUGUACACAAGCUAGGGACUAUGUGGUUUUUGGUGUCGAUAUUACGGACUUUUAUAUAGUGAAUGGUAUAGUGUUUAGUGUGCCAUAGAUAAUGUGCGAACGAUGGAAAACGAAGUGAAACAUAGGAAUCAGAGAAACCGCAGAAGGGAACGGGCGCAGCGCAUGCAAGCGCAACGGGAGACCAAGGUCCGGGAUGGGGACAGCGGAGACGACGAGCCCCUCACGUGGGAGAAGCCCCCGAGGCCCCCCAACAGAAGGAAAAAGUCUAAGGAGCCCAUUCUCGAGGAGGACAUUAUCGACGGAUUUGCGAUAAUGUCAUUUCGCACCUACGAAGAUCUUGAGAACGCCGUAAAAUUGGCGACGCAGCAUGGUACAGAUCGACUGAAUUCUGUGUCGACGCUACAUUCUGCACAAAACGAUAAUCAUAUCAGCACCGAACAAAGGACUCCGCUGGACACGGGGCAAGGCCGGAACUGCUCACACGAAUUUGCUCGUUCACUGGAUGCAGGCACUUCUGAUGACAGCGGAAGAGCUUCGUUGCGUCUGACUGGUUCAUCAGUCGCUCCUCGAGAUCCAGACAGCUCCAGAGAUAGACUUAGUGAUGCAAGUAGCCGGUGUAGUUCCGGAAAAGGAUAUAUCUGUGAUAGUGAAGGUGAAGACGACAAGGGAUCCGAUGGCGGUGGUUCCAUGUUUGCAUCUGUUCCGACCCCCUCUCCAGUGGCCCCAGCGGCGAUUGUGCCGGCGGCAGCAGCGAUUAGCAACAAGACGCCUUCUGCUCCGGAUCAAUCGCAACCGCCUCCGCAACAACAACAACCGCAGCAGCCGCAGUUUACUAACAAUGUUACGGUGGCCGUCACGCCGGCGCCGACAGUCACCGCACCUUCGCCUGCGCCCGCCGCUUUGCCGCCACCACCUUAUCGAGUACCGUCGAUGCAGCAGAUGACAGAUCUGCGGCCGAGACAUCAGUUCCCUACGCAACAGCAGCAGCAACAACAACAAAUUAACAUUAAUGGAGCGCUUAGUACGCAGAUGCCGCUACUAAAUCAUAGCGCUGCAGGUAUGUUGCGGCCUGCCUGCCCAAAACCAAACACCAAAUUACCUGUUUGUACACCGUCUGGUGGUCAGGCACCUCAACAGCAACACGUCCAGAUGCAGCAGCAAACCUGCUCCCAACCACUCCAAAGCUCUCCUUCCCUUGCUGCGGUGGUGACGUCGCCUGCUUUACCUAAUGGCAUUAUGCACACACCGGGUCCAAUGUUGCCAAGUGCUUCCAGUCAGUUGCCAGGUUUACCAAUAGCAGCGACACAGCCCGCAUCUCUUCCCGUGACUUUGCAGCAGCCGCAAGUUGCGACGCCAGCCGCGCCACCGCCGCCGGCAAGACCGCCAGGACUUGACGGAUCUGCCCAGCAACCUCGAACUAAUAGCCCCGCCGUCGCCACUAGUGCUGUACCCGCAGCAGGACCAACAGCCUAUCCAGGAUAUCUGCACCCGCCGUUGUAUGCACCAUACGCGGCAUCAUUGCACAGUCCUUACCUUCCGGCGAUACCUUCACCAGGAAAGUCUGCCGCGCCAGUCGCUCCUACGACCGUCGCACCUGCACCUAGUCCUAUUCGGGAAAGAGACUGCUUUAGUAACAGGUCUGCGAGUACUACACCACUAUCUUCUAAUUAUGGUCCAGGAUCGAUAUCUGGACCACAAGGGCCUUCCCCUGCGUUGCCUUACAGUAAAGCAGCUUCACCAAUUACUGCACCCGUUGCUGUUACCACUUCUAGUCAUACUUUCAAUAACAAACCUCUCUGGUCCACUGUGAACAGUACGGGUCCUAUGGUACACCACUUAUCGCCAGUUCCGGUGCAGUCUUUAACGCGGCCAACGCCUCCGCCCCAACAGCAGCAGCAGACGCAACCGCAGCUUCAACCACAAAUUGUUCCACCGCUCCUAUCGCAGCAACCGCAAUCGGCUUCACAGCCAAUAGUACCUGCAGCAGCUGCAGUUCAAACGCAAGCUGUGGCUCCUCCCGGACCUCUGGCUAUGCCUGCGAUACCGCCGACAAGUGUUUCCACUGCGUCUGCCUACAGUUCACCAAUGUUUAUCGCACCAUUGCCGCCGCCCGCUCCAGUGCCUUCCCAAGUGACGCCCGUACCGCCUGCAGUCUCGGUGGCCGCGCCACCGGUCACCACGCCUGUUUCUACGCCGACGGCGCCUCUGCCAUUUUCAGCGGAAUCACUUUUCCAGUCAAGCAAACGCACAAGGGACGAUCCAUUCCAGAUACCAUUAAAUCAAGCAGAUAUGUUGCGAAGGGAAUUAGACAAUCGCUUUCUGGCUUCUCAAGAUCGUGCUGGAAUUGGUGGCGUUGUUGGAGCACCAUAUUUGCGAACAGAAAUGCAUCAUCAUCAACAUCAGCAUACACAUGUUCAUCAGCACCAACAAGCGCCACCCUCCAUCUUUCCUCCUCCUUUGUUUAAAGACAUUCCGAAGCUAAGUGCAGUCGAGUCGCCGUUCUAUCGUUCCAGUUUAGGAAUGGGUGUUGGAUCUUAUCCCAGUUAUAGUUCUGGAUUACUUCAUCCCGGACUUGGGGGUCCCACGCCUUUUGUACCCCCAAGUCAUCUUCCUGCAUUUACAACGAAGAAAUCUGGAAAAUGGAAUGCAAUGCAUGUCCGCAUAGCAUGGGAGAUCUAUCACCACCAACAGAAAACACCAGUUGAUGGAAGUAAAGUUGCUCCUAGUCUUACUCCUGGGACCAUCAAAAGCGAACUGUUGCGACCACCUUCUCAUCUAUUUCCUCCUACGGCUUCUCCUGCAAACGGCCCGCCUCCACCACCUUCUGUGGCUGGUUUAGUGCGCCCCCAUGACUUGCCAUCAGUGACAUAUCCUGGUCGCAGUCCUUUUGAUCAAGGACCUCCUACUUUAUCCGGAGCGUAUUUGGGGGCGCCCACAUCACAUUUAGGUGCUGGAAUAUCACCUUUUAGUAGGUUUGGACCAACAUUUGGUCCAAAUCCAAAUUCUCCAUAUGCUGGAUUGUCACCGUUUGGACCAAGUAGAGAACUUUCUCAGCUCGGAGGCCCUCUUAAUUCAGUUCAUGACCCUUGGGGGAGGCCUCACAUUCGCAGCUCACUACCGAGGGUUAUGCCGGGCUACCCGGCUCCACCCGCUGCAAGUCCAUGGACUCUAAAACCAGAUCCUGGUCUAUUGGAACGACGGGAACAGGAAGAGCAGAGAGAGCGAGAGAUUCGCGAGCGAGAAAUUCGAGAACGUGAGCGAUCAAGAAGAGAAAGGGAAGAGAGAGAAAGAAGAGAACGUGAAAGGGAAAGAGAACGAGAGAGAGAACGAGAAAGGGAAGAAAAGCAGCGAAAGGAGCAACAGGAACGUGAAAGGGAGAAGGAACGACGGGAGAAAGAAAGGAGAGACUUGGAAAGGAGAGAAGCGGAACGAGAGCGACUUAUGCAGCAGCAGCACAGGCUUGCUGUCAGUUCAGACAAGAUGGUGAGAGACCGGUCACCUUUAAGAAACGGUUUAACGGACGCAUCUGGUGUAGCCGAUGUCCGAAUAAAAGACGAACCCCGUAAGGACGACGACCCAGUUCUUGCGGCUCGUUACCAUCCACACGCCCACCCUCUGCCCGCGCAUCAUAAUCAUCCCGCAUAUUUAUCGCAGCGGCUGAUGACCGCACCGCCGCCGCCGCAGCCUACGCAUCGGCUGCUCCCGCCGCCUCAUCUUCCGCACCAUUUUGCGCCUCCUUGGCCCGCGACUGAUCCCUUCCGUGACCAUUACCGAAUAAUGGACCCUCUGCAGCUGCGCUAUAAUCCUAUAAUGGAGGCCGCGUAUCGGGCCGAACACGAAGCCAAGAUGUACAGCGCGUACGCGGCCCAGGCGCAUAAUAGGGCCAAGGACCCGAGUCCUGUACCACCGCACAGCGCACAUGCAGUGCAUCGUCUGGUCCCUCCGUCGCUUGCGCACAAGAAGGAAGAUGCGCAGCCGCCGCGAUGACCGAUGCCCCCCGAUCAUCAGAUGUGAUAAUGGACUUUUUGAUAACUGCCGAAUAUAUAUAUGUAAAUAUUAGUUAAGCUCCGAAGUGUAAAUGUUAUUUAUUUAUUUUAGCUACGCCCAGAACGAGGUAUGUGAGUCUCUUGAGUGAUCAUCCUUAUUUUUUUCUAAGAUCGAUGACCGUAUGAUAUUAUAAUUAUUUGUA